UUGGAAUGAUCACUAGCCACUUAGGCAGGUUAUUUUGGCGAAGGAAAAAAAAGAUUCAGGGAGUUGUGUUUGGCCUGGUGCUGUCACACCUCCCUGCCUGCCCUGUGUAAACCACUCAGCAUGAAGCUCAACACAAGGUGGGUUUUCCCCAUUCAUGAGGCCCACACUGACUCAUCCCUGCAAGUGCUUUCCGGUCAUUCAGCCACCAGCAGGAAUAUUUUACAACUCUCAUGUUGCCUGUUGUCUCCACUGUUAGCCUACUAAAAUAACCAGACACCAUCAUCACCCCCCCCCCCCCUUUUUUCUUUUUUUUUUUAAACACCGCCACAUGAUUACAGUUAAGUACAUAAAUCAGGCGCCACCGCUGGUGUGAGAGCUGUAGCAGGCAGAAAGGAGGCACCCAUGCUCUUCAUACCGCCCCGGCUCGUCGCUGCUACUGCAGCCGAUGCAGCGAAGGAGACUCACGGUUCUUUUCCAUCAUACGGAAGCGGAAUGGCUUGAGAUCAGACAACACGGAGUCGUCUCGGUCGGCUGAUGCACGAUGGUUUUCUGACUGGCUGCCUGUCUGUGUGUGUCCGUCCGUCUUGCCGCGAAUUGCUGCAGUGCUGUUUUCCAGGUGUUGUGGUGUGUGUGUGUGUGUGUGUGUGUGUGUGUGUGUGUGUGUGUGUGUGUGAGUGAGUGUGUGCGUGUAUGCAUGCAUGGUGGUGUAGCCUGGUGUAAUUCUCUUACGAAUUGGACUAAGCCGGGGAACGGAGUCUGAUGUCACAUGUGCUUCAUCGGAGGAGACGGGGCAUCUGCAAGCUGGAUUUUGUGGAGGAUGCUGCGGCAAGUGAUACACAGAGGGCUCAAGGCUUCGUUUUACUGGCUGGGCUUAUUCGUUAGCAGGCACCCCGUUUUCUUCCUCACUGUCCCCGCGGUCCUCACCAUCAUUUUCGGAUCUACCGUGCUGAGUCGGUUCAAGCCGGAGACGGACCUGGAGGUGCUGGUCGCCCCUACUCACAGCCUGGCGAAGAUCGAGCGGAGUCUCGCCAACAGCCUGUUUUCCAUCGACCAGUCGAAGCACAAGCUGUACUCGGAUUUGCACACCCCCGGCAGAUAUGGCAGGCUGAUCCUGCUGGCCAAGUCCGGGGGGAACAUCCUGGAGCUGGCCGACCAGGUCCUGCAGGUCCACAAGCAGGUGUUGGAUUUGCGCGUCAAUUACAAGGGAUUCAAUUACACGUUCGCGCACCUCUGCGUGCUGAGCCACAGGGACAAGCGCUGCCUCUUGGAUGAUAUCAUCACCAUCUUCGAAGAUAUCAGACAGGCCGUGCUUUCCAACAGCACUUUUCACAAGGUGCCCGUGAGCUAUCCCAACACAACAUUAAAGGAUGGCCGUGUGUCCUUCAUUGGCCACCAGCUGGGCGGUGUGUCCUUCUCACCCAACAGCCGUGACCAGCAGGUCAAAUUUGCCCGCGCUGUCCAGAUCACCUACUACCUCCGCAACCAUGGCCCAGUGGUGCAAGAUGCCAUUGCUGAACGCUGGGAGAACGAGUUCUGCGCCCUGGUGAGCCGACUGUCUACGGCCGAGGCGCCCCAUGUGUCUGACCAGCUCCACAUCCAGUCACUCACCUCCUUCAGCCUGUGGCGGGACUUCCACCAGACGGGUGUACUGGCCAAGGGGGAGGUGCUGGUGAGCCUGGUGCUGGUGCUCCUGGCUGCAACCAUCUCCAGCUCUAUGCGGGACUGCCUGAGGGGAAAGCCAUUCCUGGGCCUCCUGGGCGUGCUGACUAUCUGCAUCGCCAAUGUGACAGCUGCAGGAAUCUUCUUUAUAUCGGACGGGAAGUUCAACUCGACACUACUGGGGAUCCCAUUCUUUGCCAUGGGCCAUGGAACCAAAGGGGUGUUCGAGCUGCUGGCAGGAUGGAGGAGAACAAGGGAAAAUCUUCCCUUCAAGGAGCGUGUAGCGGACGCUUUUGCAGAUGUGAUGGUGUGCUACACCAUGACCAGCUCACUUUACAUCAUCACCUUUGGCAUGGGAGCCAGCCCUUUUACGAACAUUGAGUCUGUAAAAAUUUUCUGCCAGAGCAUGUGCGUUGCCAUCCUGGUCAACUACUUCUAUGUUUUCUCUUUCUAUGGCUCCUGCCUGGUGUUUGCCGGACAGUUGGAGCAGAACCGCUACCACAGUGUUUUCUGUUGUAAAAUCCCCUCAGUUGAGUACCUGGACCGCCAGCCCACGUGGUUUAAGACCAUGAUGAGUGAUGGCCAUGACUUGUCCACACACCACGACAGCGUCCCUUACCAGAAUCACUUCAUCCAGCACUUCCUGCGUGAGCACUAUACGGAAUGGAUUACCAACACCUAUGUCAAACCCUUUGUGGUUAUUCUAUAUCUCAUAUAUGCCUCUUUCUCAUUCAUGGGAUGUUUACAAAUCAGUGAUGGAUCAAAUAUUGUCAACCUGCUGGCUAGUAACUCUCCAAGUGUUUCAUAUGCUCUGACCCAGCAGAAAUACUUCAGUAACUACAGUCCUGUGAUUGGAUUUUACAUUUAUGAGCCCAUUGAGUACUGGAACUCCACAGUGCAGGAGCACCUAAAGACUCUGAGUCAUGGCUUCAACAAGAUCUCUUGGAUGGACAACUUUUUCCACUACCUGCGGGUAGUGAAUGUGAGUGCAUCAACCAAGAGCGACUUCAUCACCAUCCUCAAGGGCUCCUUUCUGCGCAGCCCAGAGUACCAGCAUUUUACUGAGGACAUAAUAUUCUCCAAGAACCGUGAGACUGAUGAGUACGACAUCAUCGCCUCACGGAUGUACUUGGUGGCACGAACAACAGAGAAGAAGCGUGAAGAGGUGGUGGAGCUUCUGGAAAAGCUUCGUCCAUUGAUGCUGAUUAACAGCAUCAAGUUCAUUGCAUUCAAUCCUACGUUUGUGUUCAUGGACCGCUACAGCUCCUCUGUCAUCUCACCCAUCCUGACCUCAGGCUUCAGCGUACUCACAAUCCUCAUCCUCACUUUCUUCCUAGUCAUCAACCCUUUGGGGAACUUCUGGCUCAUCCUUACCGUAACAUCUGUGGAGCUGGGUGUCUUGGGUUUGAUGACCCUCUGGAAUGUUGGCAUGGACAGCAUCUCAAUCCUGUGCCUUAUUUAUACCCUUAACUUUGCCAUGGAUCACUGUGCACCACACCUGUACACUUUUGUGCUAGCCACAGAGCACACUAGGACGCAGUGCAUCAAGUUGGCACUGGAGGAGCACGGGGCAGCCAUCCUACAGAACACAUCCUGCUUUGUGAUCGGGAUCAUGCCCCUGGUGUUUGUGCCUUCCAAUCUGACCUACACACUGUUUAAGUGCUCCCUGCUCACGGCAGGUUGCACCGUUCUGCACUGCUUUGUCAUCCUGCCGGUCUUCCUGACCUUCUUCCCGCCAUCUAAAAAGAGACACAAGAAAAAGAAACGGGCCAAGCGUAAAGAGCGGGAGAGGGAGAGGGAGCGGGAGCGGGAAAGGGAGAGGGAAAGAGAAAGGGAGGAGAUAGAGUGCAUCGAAGUCAGGGAGAAUCCUGAUCAUGUGACAAACGUUUGAGUAUUUGUAAUUUUAGCAAUGAGUAUCAGUGGGUAUCUGUCAGUUCAUUGUUGGAUAAGAGGUAUUCCCAAUGGCGAGGUGCCUCUUGAGGUGCAGGGAAGUUAAGGAUGUCCCCUGAGGAGUGGGAACUGGUCACUCCCCACCAAUAGCGCUAGGUUGGCCAGAGUAGAGCGCAGCCCCACUGGUCAGCCAUUGAGUCCUUCAGUCUGGACAGUGUAUCUCAUUUGCACAAACUGCAAUAUGCACAUGGUUCUAAAGUUCUUUCCCAACUAUUUGGUAUAUAAAAAUAAGUUAGUUACCAGAGCUUAUGCUUGCUAAAUCUGUAAGUAACUUCUAAACAAACAGUAUGUUAGUCCAUUUAAAUAGAAAUUCUAUGUUCAUCUUGUGCAGCCCUUAUCUCAAAAGAAGUGUGUGAGGAACAUAGCAGUCUGUUAAGCCAAGGACACUCAGAGCAAGUUGAUGAAAGAGGUUGCUAUGAUGAUACAAAAGUGUACAAAUGAAAGCGUGCAAACAGCACACACCUUACUACUCACACCUUGAUAACAGCAAAAAGAAACAACACCAAAUUCUGUUGAGAGAGACUGUGGAAAGCACACGGCAUGCUUUUCUGUGACAUUAAAAAUAGCCAGCUGAACAGCUGAACUGGGCAGAUGGCAUACACUGUGUCCAUUUUGAGGAAUUAUCUUGCCCAUUGCAUCAUGUGAAUAGAACUGUCAAGGUUUAUAUUAGCAGGAGACAAAUAUUUCUACUUUAUUUCAGAGGUCAUAUAAGGUUGUACACAAUGGCAAAAGGAACUGCAGUGGGCUGCAGCAUAUGAACAGGAAGCGAUACAUGACUGUUGUGCAGCACUACUUGAAAAAGCAGUAAACCUGAGUAUGAUUUAAGUAGAUCCAAAACUGCUUUUGCACCAGACCGGUUAAACCAAAAGUGAAGGGUGUUUCCAAGGCGUGAAAUAUCAAACUUUUCUAGCAGGUUGAUAACAGUGGAAAGUUUCUAUAAGAGUAUGAAUGACUCUGUGAUCCACUUACAAGAGCUUACUGGCAUGGCACUGGCAGUUGGAAGGUCUGAAUGUUUUCAAACUAGCAUUGAUGCCAAAUAGUGUAGAGAAAUGUUUGACAGAUUUCUAUAACAGCAAAAAUGCUCAGUAAGUUUGAAUUUUUAUAGGAAUCGACCAAGAAUCAUGAGUUACUCAAGCUAAUUUUAAAGAUUGCAAUUUGAUGUUCAAGUUUUUGAGGCAGGCUUUAAAUUUCUCCUAAUGGUGUGAAAAACUGAUAGAGAGCCGAAGUGAAACUACAACUUCCGGGUUUGGUUCUGGAAUUGAGAAAUCUUAUUAAAAAUCAUUGACAUUUGUUAAUAAAACAAAUAGCUAUAAAUCCAGCUUUACAUCAUAAACUUGAUCAAGAGUUCCAUUUGUCUAGACAUGGAUGGU